AGGCUUGUUAGUCCACGUGCUGUUUACUUCGUAGUGAACCAUUGACGUUCUCAUGUCUUCGUUCAACUGGAAAAAUGAACAUCGACGAUACAUGGUCUAGAUGCGCAAAGGAGUUUCCAGCCUCAAGGACAGCGGAAAAUAAUGUUUCGUUGUCAAAAAAAUUGGACCACUCAGUCUCGACGCCGGUCAGAAUAAAAAGACAACUGAAGUUUGACCAUGUGAUGUCAUCCUGCAAAGGUGUCGUAGCCAUGGAUGUUGCCUUGGCAAAUAUUGAGCAGAUAGAGAAGACAGAAUUAGUCUCCAAAUGGAUAGCAAGGGGGAACUAUACACCGUCGAUAUCAGAAAGUGAUCCUAGCUGUACACCGUCACCUCCUGUAUUAGUCGACGAAACACAAUACAAAAAUGACAUAGCAUUGUCACCGCCCAGUGAGCCUCCAGAUCUCGAAAGAUCCCCUGUAUUCAAAUGUCACAAAAAGAUUAUCAGGCAUACUUCGGUCACUAGCAAUAGAUCCGAAACAGUCAAUCAUGAUUCUAUGCCAGAUUUGACAAAAUCUCCAAUUUUUGUGUCCAAGUUUGCCAGAGAUAGCAAAGCUAGCAGCAGAUCCGAAACAGUCAAUGAUUCUAUCCCGGAUUUACCAAAGUCUCCCAUUAUCAGUAAAUCUAAGUAUACCAAAGCGAGCAGAAGACACAGAUUUGGUAAACUGAAGAAACGGAAGAUCGAAGAAAUCGGCCACUCGUCUCCAAAGUCUUCUUCUGCUCUUAAAAAGUCUCCUGUAUUAGGAAGAAACUCGUCUUUGAAACGAAAAAAGCUUGGAGUUAUAUUUGAAACGCUUCAGAAGGCAAAUGAUGAUUCAUCUGGAAAUUUAUACUUUGAAAGGACUUUACCUGAGAAAAAAAAAGUGCGUGCAGUUGCCACAGAUUUGACACUGGUUUCCACAACUCAAGCGAUAGAAGCCUCUUCCGCACCAAGUAGUUUAGAAUUGAUUCGUGACUUCUGCACUAAGCGGGAAAGAACUAGAAAAAAUUUAGAACAUUCAAUUGUGAACCAUGCAAAACAAGGUUUUUUUCCUCCUUGUGUAGACUGCAAUUUAGAAUCAAGACACGAUAGUAUCAUUGAAGUUACUUCCGUACCUUCGACAUCAACAAAACGGAAUAAACACCUUUUAUCUUCUGUUCAAUCACACCAGAAGGACUUCCACCAGCAUGAGAAACCAAAAGAGUUAGCUGUCUCUUCUUCUGAAUUAGAUAAUGUACUAACUACAAACUACAAUAGCACAUUGAGUCAGGAUAUCUUCAGGGAGGAGAAAUUUGCUGAAAGCCCCAUAGCUGUCUUCCAGAAAGAACGGAAUUUGCUGUCACCUUCUAAUGACAAAAAUGUGAAAUCAGUACCUCAACAGAUAGAGUUUAUCUGCUUACCAUUUAUAGACCAAAUAAAUGAUGAGGACCUUUCCUUAGGAUCAGCAAUUGAAGGAGCCACAACUCAUCUUGGCUUUGAGAAUCUUUUGAAUUCAAGAGUAGUUUCUACCUCUGUAGUUAAUCGAGCGCUGGUCAAGUGCGUUAGUACAAUAUCAAGUCAGGAUCUUUUUGGUGACGAGCUGAGUACGAAAAGUCCGAAGCCAAUAUCAACAGUUUCUGUUCACACCCAGCACCAGGGGAUAUCAACAGUUGAGGAGGAGGAGAGAAAUUUAUAUUCUUGUCAAUAUGACCACCAAAUUGAUCCACUCAAAAUGCAGUCUGCUGAUGAAGAGGAAAUUUUUAGUGAACCAGAUACAUCUAAUUAUAUCUUACCUCAUCCACAGGAAGGAAGCGAAGAACUUUCCCCACCUGCAUUUACUGCACCUGUAAUAAAAACAGAGGAAGAACUUACCCAGUUGAAUACAGUUGAAGAACAAUUAUCUGGCAGCAUUAUUCAAGAUACGGAACCAUCCCCUCCGCGCCAAAUGCUCGAAAAAAUGAUCAUGCAACACCCAGACAAUGACCAAUCCAUACAUGUCAAUAGAUUCCUGAUUCUUGAUUCAGAACUCAGUCCAAAGAAGGAAAAGUUUGUCACAGAUACAGAAUGUAUCGACUAUGACACCAGUAGUGAGAAUGGUGAAGCUGGUCCUCAUGUUGAACAGGUAAGAAUAAGUUCAGCACAAGAAUCUGAGAGUGACAAAACUGUCAGCGAUAUCAUUGAAGAACCCAUAUCUCAGGAUUAUCCGCAACAAGCAAAAUUUGGUACGCCGGCAUCGGCAUUGUUAGUAAAAACUGUAUCUACCUCUCCAAAAAUUUCUGAAUUAUCAUCACCAAAAGAACCUUUGUCUAUCAUCGAUAUAAGCACUGAGAUUACACCCCCACAAUCUCAAGGGUCUUCUGCCCCAGCUCCUGAGCUACUGGAUUCUGCAAAGAAGAAGAAGUCCCGACCAAAGAAGGGAAGCUUGAGCGCAAGACUGCAGAAGUUAAUCAGUGGGCAGGUGUCCUGUGUUCGACUAUGGCGGCACCAAAUGUCUCAAGAUUCAACUUUUCAGAAGUCAUCAGCACCUUGUACAACACUGAGGGUUAUUGAAACAUGGGUGGAGUGUGGGAAAAAUUUUUAUAAUAGUACAGUACUUGACGAUUCUUACAACUUGUUGAAUGGCUGCUUCGACAAACCCAUUGAGAGUGCUGAAAACAAGGACUAUAGAAAAAGAAAUUUGGUUAUCAUGACAAAUCCAGAUUUUGUGGGAUCAGUUAAACUACUGCCAGGAUCUGUUUUCAAGGUUCACUUACCUUGGGAGAUUUUUAACCGGAACUCAGGGCAAGGGAAUAUAAUAUUACACGCUUUGUAUUUUAGGAUCGUAACUAAUCCUGUUAAAGUCAAGUCUGAACUGGACUCUCAUACUACAGAGUUAUGCUGCGACAAACUUACGCGCAGUAAAUUAAUUCACGAAUACGAUUGUUCAUGUUUGCAAAGUGGGAAGAUCGACGAUUCUUGUUUAGUGAAAUUCACGAGCCAGAGAGUAGACGUGAUGGGUGAAAUUUUCAAAGGAUACUUUCAGUUGAAACUGAGUUUCGCGCCUGUAUCUGGCAACCAGAUAUACGCGAAUUACGAUAUUGCGCCUGCACGGAGCAACCAAACAUACAUGCAUGUACUGCGCUUGCGCAGAUUUCAGCGAUUGCAGAUGAGUCAGGGCAUAACCAUGUCUGCUGCUCAAGAUCGUCCAGAGCUCUACGAGGAGGUGAAAUUGUACAAAAAUGCUAGGGAGCGUGAAAAGCAUGACAAUCAAGCGGAUUUAUUCGCGCUGGUGAAUACUCUGCAACAUUUGGAAAAGGCUUAUAUUAGAGACUGCGUUACACCCAAGGAAUACACAGCUGCCUGUAGUAAACUGCUUGUUCAGUAUAGAGCGGCUUUCAAACAGGUACAAAACGAAUUCAAAACCAUUGAUGUGUUUGUGAAAGCUUAUCGUCUUGACUGCCCAGCAGCAUUGGAAAGGAUCAAGGAAGACCGUCCGAUAACGAUAAAGGACGAUAAAGGCAACACUUCGAAAUGCAUUGCGGAUAUUGUGUCGCUAUUUAUAACCCUGAUGGACAAGCUCCGUCUUGAAAUUAAAGCCAUGGAUGAGUUAACUCCAGAUCUGAGGGACCUCAUGGAUACCAUGAAUAGGCUCAGUCUAUUACCGAGUGACUUUGACGGAAAACAGAAAGUUUCCGGAUGGCUGCAGACUCUGAACAGCAUGUCCGCCUCAGACGAGCUAUCAGAGACCCAAGUUAGACAGCUCCUUUUUGAUCUUGAAACGUCGUUCAAUGCGUUUAAUCAGAUACUCCAUAAUUCCUAAUUCAUUGAUUGUGAUUUGGGUUAUAUAAUCAUUCACAGUUUUGUGAAAGCACUUUGCUAUUGUAAAUAAUGUAACGUUAUGUUGUCAAUUUACGCAGUCACUGUAAUUGACAGGUAUAAAUAAUCAAUUCUAUUUACGUAUGCUGUCACAAAAUGUGCAUACAAUUUAUGUUUCUUUGGAUAUCAAAGACUGAGGACAGUUAUGAGGGCUUUGGUCCAAUCGCAUAAUAAAAUACAUUCGUUUUUAACGUUUUAUCGCAAUCGCAAUAAUUAUAGACACAGAUUAGUUUGGAAUUAAUAAAAAUCAAUCAGUGAAUCAAAUUUGAAACCUGGUUGUAGUCUCAGAAUAACAAAUCCAAUUUUGAUUUUGUGAAAUCAAGCUUUGCCAACUUCAUUCUCCUUUGAGUAAAAAGUUUUUUUUUAUCGCGUACGGAUUUCACUUAAUAGACACAUGGUAACAUGAUGGUGAAAUGAUCAACCAUGCAGCCAGAGUGUUUUGUUCGAAAAUCAUAUCCGUUGAGUUCGGCAAUCGAAUUUUUCUGAGAGCCUUAUUUUUUCGUGAUUUUUUUAUUGUCCUACGUCUCACUUGUAGUAGAUUCGUCAUAAAAUAAAAUCUUUAUUUUCCAUUUAUGCUAUUAUUCCGCUUGUGACUAGAAUUGUUUCAAAUAUCUCAUUGGUGUCCAAGUCACAAAUAUAGUAUUUCUACAGAGAUUUUUUUUAUUCCCUAUUAUAACGCUUUAAUUAUAGUUAUAAUUACUAUUAUCAUGUACAAAAUUACAAAUCGUACUUUAUUUACGUGUAUCUGAAGAAUUGUAAAAUGUUUCAUUUGUUUUAAUAAAGUAAUAAGUUCAUUUUUAAUACUC